GGUUUUUUUUCUAACAGCCAGAAACAGCAAAUAUGGCUGCAUCAAAUUACACAUCGUAUUUUGCAGUUGUAAUGAUGCUGUCUACAAUCAUUAGCUCGAUCAGUCAAACAGAACAAAAAGAAGGUCUGCGGAUAGAGACCGUUUAUGCCCCGUCCCCGGGAUGUUACGGCGUUAACUACGGGGACUUCUACAUAGGCGUGGAAAAUAUGACCCUGGCGGACGGUACCGUUUUGACUACUUCAUACAUGCCAAGAACAGACGUCGUAAAGAAGGGCUGGUACCUUGGAAAAAGGGCGAAAGGCAUUGACAUCGGAUUACAGGGGGCAUGUAAAGGGGAGAUAAGGAAUAUAACAAUCCCUCCGCACCUCAUGUUUGGCAUCGAAAAAGAUACUUUUAACUUUAAAGUGACAGUUCCUGCUAAUUCCACAAUAUUUUACCAAGCAGAAAUAUUGGAUAUUGUUCCUGAGAGCGAGAAAUCGUAUCUUGAGGAUUUCCUCUAUGCCGACUUGAAUGGCGAUUUCCUCGUGGACGUAAAAGAGAUUGAAUAUGUAUUAACAAAUGAAAGGGGUCUUCGGCAAAUGCUGAGUUCAGCUCUUGGAAUGGACAACAUAGCAGAACUAGCCGUGCAGUGGUUUGACAGUCUUGGGGACGGUGCUCUUGAUAGAGAGGAAUAUUUUACAAUGUCCAAAACCAUCAAUUUGGAGCAGUUGAGAAAAGAUGCAAAUUCAGACUCAAAUUUAGAAUCAAUAAACCAGAACUCAAAAGAAGAACUCUGAAGUAUUGAAUAGUUCCAUCGGGAACUUGUACAUAUAUGUAUUUGUUUGUUUGUUUUCUUGGCUGCUGAAUAAAAUAUCAAAU